CGUCCCCUCCCCUCGAUCCCCCUCGGCCGGCCUGGGCCUCGUCCUCGGCGGCGGCGGGCGGGGGGCUCGGCCCGGUGGGCGGCCUGCGGUGCUGAGGGCGCCCCGGUGCUGGCGGGGUCCCCGCGCUGGGCGGGCUCGUGGGCGACGCUGGCGGCCGCCGUCCCCAGACAGGAAUGUCAUGCUUUUAAACAAGAGAUAAGCCUGCUGAAUAGCCAGAGCUGGACCCAACAAUGGACUGAUGGCAGUGUACAGCAAAAUGGGUUGAGUGAGUGUAGAGCUACCUUAUUCCACUUUUAGAUGUUCUUGCACUGUCUUCACUUUUGCUUCAGAGGGAACUACAUAUCUAAAUGGGUUUAUUAAGUUGGCAAAGAAGAACAGCCUCUGGUGGAGUUCUGUUUUCAUCAUGUUGUCCCACCAGUGCUGGCUGAGCUGAAACUUCCUGCGUCUUGGGGAGAGCAUGUAUAAAAGGAAUGACCUCAUGGCCAAUGUGAUGGUAACCUCUGCCACUCCAGAGGGUAGUAGCAGCUCAGAUUCUCUGGAAGGGCGAAGUUCAGAUUAUGCCAAUAAAAGCUACGAUGCAGUCGUAUUUGAUGUGUUGAAAGUAACUCCUGAGGAGUUUGCUAGCCAGAUUACAUUGAUGGACAUGCCAGUAUUUAAAGCUAUACAGCCUGAGGAACUAGCCAGCUGUGGAUGGAAUAAGAAAGAAAAACAUAUCCUCGCUCCAAAUAUUGUUGCCUUUACUAGGAGGUUUAACCAGGUCAGUUUUUGGGUUGUACGAGAAAUACUAACAGCACAGACCUUAAAAAUAAGGGCAGAAAUAUUGAGCCAUUUUGUGAAAAUAGCUAAGAAGCUUCUAGAACUGAAUAACCUUCAUUCUCUUAUGUCCGUGGUGUCAGCACUGCAAAGCGCGCCUAUCUUCAGACUGACCAAAACCUGGGCUCUUUUGAAUCGCAAAGACAAGACCACCUUUGAGAAGUUAGACUAUUUACUGUCUAAGGAAGAUAAUUAUAAAAGGACACGAGAGUACAUCAGAAGCCUAAAAAUGGUUCCUACUAUUCCAUAUUUAGGAAUAUAUCUCUUGGAUUUAAUCUACAUUGAUUCUGCAUAUCCCGCUUCAGGCAGCAUUAUGGAGAAUGAACAAAGAUCCAAUCAAAUGAACAAUAUUCUCCGCAUAAUAGCUGAUCUGCAAGUCUCCUGUAACUAUGAUCAUCUUACUACACUGCCCCAUGUGCAAAAAUAUUUGAAGUCUGUCCGUUACAUUGAAGAACUUCAGAAAUUUGUAGAAGAUGACAAUUAUAAAUUAUCAUUAAGAAUUGAGCCAGGUAACAGCUCUCCUCGACUGGUUUCCUCCAAAGAAGAUCUUGCAGGUCCAUCUGAUGUGUCAGCAAUUAUGAAAUUCAGCAGGAGACCCACGUGUCCUGAUGCCUCAGUAGCAGCAAGUCUACCUACGCCUCCUGUACCAAGGCACAGGAAGAGUCACAGCCUGGGAAACAACAUGAUGUGUCAGUUCAGUGUUGUGGAGAGCAAAAGCGCCACCUUCCCGACGGAGAAGCCGCGCCACCUCCUGGAUGACAGCGUCCUGGAGUCGCACAGCCCGGCCCGCAGCCACGCACUGAACUCACUUUUCACCAAUGGCCUUUCCAUAGAUAGCAGUGAAAGCUCAGAAUUUAGUGAGGAGCUGCCGUCAGGGCUUGAAAGGGGUCGUUUAUAUGCCACACUGGGGCCUAACUGGAGGGUACCGAUCCGGAAUUCUCCUAGGAGCCGAAGCUGUGUCUACAGCCCAACAGGGGCCUGCAGCUGCACAUUAGGAAGUUCAACGGGAGCCAUUACUAUGGAAGGGCCAUUAAGAAGAAAAACAUUGCUCAAAGAAGGCAAGAAACCUACUCUCUCCUCAUGGACUAGAUACUGGGUUAUGCUUUCAGGAUCAACUCUUCUGUACUUUGGAGCAAAAUCUUUAAGAGGCACUGAAAGAAAACACUAUAAAUCUUCACCUGGUAAGAAAGUCUCCAUUGUGGGCUGGAUGGUGGCACUGCCUGAUGACCCUGAGCAUCCUGAUAUUUUCCAGCUGAAUAACCCUGACAAAGGCAAUGUUUACAAGUUCCAGACUGGUUCAAGGUUUCAUGCAAUAUUAUGGCAUAAGCAUUUGGAUGAUGCAUGCAAAAGCAACAAGCCUCAGGUACCUGCUAAUCUAAUGUCAUUUGAAUAAUUUGCUCUCCUGCCUGGUGCGACUUCAAGUGCCAAACUGAAGAAACAGGCUUAUUGCUGUCUAAGGAGGAAGAGGAGAACAGUUUUCCUGACAUGAGCCAGCCACAAAUAUUUCAGCACUUUCCUAUGUAACUUGAAAGUGAUUCUGACACAGCUUUUAAAAGCAGAAAGUGAAUGUUGUCCUUAGGACCAGAUAUAGUCUCAUGCACUGAGUGAAAGCAGACAAGUUAGAUGGACAGAAGAUUAAUCCUGACUCCUGCAGGAUUUCAGAGCCCUCAACUCUUUGAGGUCAGAGACUGCCAUGAACUGAUGCUUGACAACAAACUGAGCAUCGUAUCUUCUGCCUAUUCUUUUUUUUUAAAUGGUUCUUUUUAUUGUUAAGCUGCUUUGUGUGACUGAAGAAUAUUUGGCCCAUGUUGGGUUUCAAUUCUUUCUAAUGCACAGAAUGAUUGACAGUGUUAACUUGCUGCAAAGUGUCAAUUAGAAUAGAAGAUUGUGGAACAUUUUUAUAAUCUAAGUGCACUGACUUGCUUGGCAAUGUGGCUGCCUCAGAUUUUGUAUCAAAUCUCUGGACAAUUCUGCUGUUCACAUUUGAGCUAUUUGGGGAAAAAUGUAUUUUGGCACAGGACAGUUGGUUUUCUUUUUAUUCAGUUAUGUUACUCAGGAAUGCCCUGACAAUGGAUUUAAGGCUGUUUAAAUUUAUGUCAUCCUAAAGGUCAUCUUUCAUUUUCUUAGUAGGGGCAGAGUUGCUUACAGGUUUGGUUUUUUCUUCAGUCUGAAUGUUGUUCAUCUUAAAUCCCUUGGUACAGGCAAGCAGGUAACCGGGUGUUAUGUAUCACAUGGCCCUGGCUCCUCAGAAUGGUUUCAUAUCAUUGUUUCUGUUCUGUGUUUCUGUGGAUGACUCGGCUCCACUCACUGCCAGUACACGAUGCACAUUUAUAACAUAUAGCUAGGCAAGACUGUCUGACAGUGGAGCAAGUAUGAAGAAGCCUCCACACCAGCGGAGGAAUGUAACUGAGCCUUCUGCUGUGAAAGGACUGCAUCCAUAGCUGUGUCCCUUCUAUGCCCUAGCACUCCUGUGGUCAGAGUCUUUUUUCUGUUCCCAUGCUAAGUUCAGCACUUUUUCUGUUUGAAACUCUUUUGCCAUAAGGCAUCAGUAUUUAGACUUCAUCCAUCACUGGAAAACCGCUUCUGAGUUUCCUAAGAUUGCAUAGAGGAGAAAUUUGCAAGCAACCUCUAGCUUACAAACCAUGAAAAAAAUGAAAGUCCGUUUAAUUGAACAAAGCCUAUAUUAGAACAAGUCUCCGGGCAUUAGGGGUAUUUAUUCUGUGGACUUGCAUGAUUUUCUGAAGUUUUAUUUUGAAACUUCUCUAACAACAACAAAAUACCUGUAUUGUUAAAUGUAGGUCAACGGCAACUUUGGUGUUAUUUUAAGCGUUCAUGUUACAAUCCUGAGAAUGACGCCGAAUACAUACCAGCCUUUCAAGAAAAACAGUUCCUAACGACAACUGCAUUUAGAUCCUGGGACAUGUGAAAGCGUAUGUAAAGUUGACAAAGUUUCUUUGAUAGCUCACGAGUUGGGUGAAAAGAGUGGUAAUGCAAAAUAUAUCUAUACCCUUUUUUCUCCUUUUCAGCUAAAUUAAGGCAACUUUGAACUAGGAAAAACAUAAGUAUCUGCAAGGGCAGAGCAUCCAAUGCCACUAGAGACAGCGUAGAAGGUUUUGAAUGUGGUAAAAUCCCAUCACCAAUAAACAACUUCAGACUGUUAGAAUAUGGUAUAAUCUGAAUUAUUCUGCUCCUGUGGACUUUUGUGAUUAGUUAUCAGUGACAUGAUUCAUGAAGAUGCAAGUGUUAACGGACUGCCAUCUUAAUGAAUGUGCCACAUAACCAUGUGUGUUGUGUGUUACUAGCUUUCACAGGGUUUGAACAAUGUGCAGAACAGCGACCAAAAUGAUGAUACACUAACCAAAACAGAACCGUUGAGGUCAAGAGGUUUUUUUAAAAGUUACUUUAUUAGUAGCCCUUUCCCCUUAAAAGGGAAUAACCUGACCCAUCUUAAAUAUAAGCUAAAUUUAAAGCGGAACACUUAUUGGCAUGAAAUGUACUUAUAUUAGAAGCAAACGCCUGCUCCUUUCUAAUGCCAUGUAGUGGAAGUGAACACCAGUGAGGACUCAUGACAUUUAUUCCAGCGUAUUGCAAUUGACAUAAACUAAUUGAUGUUGUGACAAUUUUCAGUUUAACAAGCCUCCCUUGGAAGAAAAUAAUCAGUGCUGACUGAUACAUUAGCAAUAGAAUGAGCCUGUACACACUCAGAAUUUAAUGUUUUUUAGAAUUUAAGUGUCUCUGAAGUGCUAUAUAUGUUAUUGUAUGUACAAGACGUAGAGUGUUCUAGACUUCAGAAAUACACUUUUACUCAAAAUUGCAAGGCAUAGAGCCUGUUGGAGAAGUUACAAAAGGGUCCAUUUUGACUUGCUUGUAAAACAGAUUCCCAACUAGAAUGGAAGCAUCUUCGCCAGAAACCAUGAUAGGCCCCAAAACAGUGUGGCAUGAAUGAAAGGCAAUAUUUAUGAAUGAUUCUUAUACCCAGUCAAUUGUCACUGGCAGAAGAUGAAUCUGUGGAGAAAUUAAACCCUUCAUAUUUACUCAGUCCUCAAACUCAAAUCCUACUCAAAACCUUGGAAUUUGGAAAUAUGUCAAAAGUAACUAGAAUUCCCUCACACUACUGUCAUUUGAAUGUAAAAAGCGUUAUAUAGAAGAAAGAUGAACUUAGCAAAUAAUACUUUUACACAAUAGUCAGGUAAGCAUUUUCAGUAUAACACAGUUGUGACAUUGCUGCACAAUAUAAAAUCAGAAUUAUGGCGGUGCCAAGAAUAUUAUUAAAAUAUCUUAAACCAGUUUUAAAUUAGUUUAAGUAUUAAACAGUUUGUAGCUGAUGAUUUGAGUUUUUGUGUUGUCAUUUGGUACCAUUUGCUGUCAUCCGGUACUCUUAAUGUGAACUGAAAGCUGCUAUUGAAAUACAACAUAUUGCAUAUCAUUACUUGAUUAAUACAGCAUUUUCACAAAAAUACCACAAACCAUACAAGGUUUCAUCCAUCAAAGAGAAUAACUGAAAUGGUUGUGUAAAAAUAAACAUUAUCUCAGAAUUACUGUUUUCAGAAUUGUGAAGAUAUAAAAUGUAUGUAGGCAAUAUUAUUAAUUUAUUAAUGUGCAAUUUUGAUGUAAUUCAGUGCCAAAAUGCAUGUUUUUCCAAAUAGCACUAAAAUGAGGCAAAGACAGUAGUUUUCAAAUUGCGACAUAUCUGUCACAUUAUAAUGUAAACCAACUUCAACAUUUGGUUUGUUUUGUGUGAAAACUGUUGCACUAUUUUUUGGCUGUAUUUUCCAUCAGUCCACUGCAUGCCGUUUGUGUAAGGAUUCUUUCUAAAAUUCUUGUGAACUGUCUCACCUAUAAUAACCCUGGUGUUGGAAUCUAGGUUUUUGGCAAAGUAUUUUGUUACCUCAGUCUUGUAUCGAGUUGCCGUAUUUUUCAGUUUGUUACAUUGAUAAUGAUUGUUUCACUAAUUAAAUACUUUAAUGUAAAAAAAAA